CCCGGAAGGAGGAGGAGCGUCGUCAGUCUGGACUGGGUAACUGAGCGGAGGCAAAGGUGGAGGCGGAGGCAGAGGAGAUUUGGAAGAUCCUUGUUUGUUUUCUGGGGGCCGAGCUCCUCUAAGGUCCGGGGGUUUGUGACGUCCCGCGCACUUCAUCGCGAAGCUCUGUCAGAGGGUCCCGUUUCUUAGCUACGGUGCCUCCUCCCUCCUGGGGGUGAGUAGCAGACGGGCGGGCGAUCUGCGCCAGGUGUCUACGUCCCGCCGAGGAGACAGAAAAUCUCCAGAAUAUUCUGUGCCAUUAUGGAAAUAUUGGAACAAUCAACCUCAUAAUGUGAUUUCUUUGAAGGAGACAGCACUCAGUUGAAUACAUAAGUUCUUAUAUGUGUAUUAUGAGAAGCUUAAGUGAAAAUGGUACAUAUUAGAAGACAUGAAACAAGGAAAAAUUCUAAAACUCAAGAAUGUGAACAGAAAUCUCGAGUGGAUUGGAGGCGGACUAAAAGAAGUAGUCUCUCACAAUUAUGUGAUAGUGAUGAUGAGCUUGAAAGCGAUGAGGAGCUUGAUAGUGAUGAAAGUGUUGACAAUAAUGAAAGUGUUGACAGUGAUGAAGAACCUGAUAGUAACGAGGGGCUUGAUAGUAAUAAGAAGCCAGAAAAUGAAAGAGAGCUUAAAUUAAUUAAAGUUGAAAGUGAAGGAAACAAUAGUAAGCAUCUCAUUAACACUGGCAACAGUUCAACAUAUGAAGAAGAAAAGAACAAAACCAAACAUGGAAGUAUUGACUUACCAGAUCAUGAAAAGCAUUCAGGUCAAGAGGAAGAUGAUCUCAACAAACACUCUGGACAAAUAACAGAGGAGGAUUUAGAAGAAGAACACAUCAAGCGAGGGAAGAGAAAAAGGAUCUCCUCUGUGAUGUAUGACAGUGAUGAAAGUGACGACAGUGAUAUCCUUGUUAGAAAAGUGGGAGUUAAACAUCCACGUAGAGUGGUUGAAGAUGAAUGUUCUUCAGUGGAGAUGGAGCAAAAAGAACCUGAAAAAACUUUAGCCGCAAGAAAGCGAGAACAGCUCCAGAAACUGCAAGACCUCUCAAAACAGAGAUCUCGUCAGAGACGCAGUAGUAGUAGAGAUUUUGAGGACUCUGAAAAGAAAUCCUGCCCAAGCAGUGAUGAAAAUGAUGAUGAGGAGGAGGGGGAGGAGGAAGAUGAUUAUGAAUAUGAUGAAGAUGGAGAUGAUUAUGUUAUUGAUGACUUUGUAGUGCAAGAUGAGGAGGGUGAUGAAGAGAAUAAAAGCCAACGAGGAGAAAAACUGAAAUUAGUAAAGCAGAAUUCUCUUUAUUCUUUUAGUGACCACUAUACUCACUUUGAAAGAGUUGUGAAGGCUCUUCUGAUCAAUGCUCUAGAUAAAUCUUUUCUGGGAACAUUAUAUGAUGGCGCCAGGCAAAAAUCAUAUGCACAAGAUAUGUUGACAUCUCUUCAUUAUUUGGAUAACCGCUUUGUUCAGCCUCGUCUAGAGAACUUAGUCUCUAGAAGUCGUUGGAAAGAGCAAUAUAAGGAGCGAGUAGAAAAUUAUUCUAAUGUAAGUAUCCAUUUGAGGAAUCCUGAGAACUGUUCCUGCCAGGCUUGUGGAUUGCAUCGCCACUGUACAUAUUCGGUGCAUUUAUCAGGAAAGUUAUAUAACACCAGGACUAUGGAAAUAGAUGAUUUCAUGUCACAUGAUAAACAGGUGUUUACUGUUGGCAGAAUUUGUGCUAAUCGUACCAGAAUUUACCAUGAACUGAAACAUUUUAAAUUCAAGCUGUACCAGGAAUGUUGCUCCAUUGCAAAGACAGAAGAGGUUGAAGAUGAACAGGUUAAAGAAACAGUGGAGAGAAUUUUCAAUCAGUCAAAAGAAAGUGGCUGGAUUAAGGAGAAAUACGAUCAACUUCAAGAAUAUCUCAGUUCUGCGGAUUACUUUCAAGAUGAGAAGUUUGACUGAAUUGUAACACAUUUCCUUCAGAGAAGAUUUUAUAAAUUCCUGUAAAUUUGAAGAUCAUGAGUCUUGUUUCUCUGUAUCAUGUGACAUUUAUAUAUUUUAUGUAUAGGUUCAUGGCAGAAUAUCUUGUGUAAAACAUAUGUUCAUCUUAAUUUCCAUGAAAUGGCGCUCUACAGUCUAAUAAAACUUUUAUCCACUGUACAUAGAAAACAUAAGCUUAAUCAUUGUUAAGUGUAUUUUAAAGUUAUAUAACAAUGCCUUUAUAACAUACGACUAUCAAGUGAAUGAGCUGUUCAUGUACUGUCAGUUUAAUAGAAAAACACUGUAUUUAAAAAAUGUAUUUAGACUAACAUCUAUAUGUAUUUAUUGCUGAAUUCCUGCCCAGAUCUGUUUAUUACCCUUUUGCAGUAUUAAAUGAUCUUCACUAAUACAUUUUUUACUACUGUCAUUAUCUAAAUCAGUGGGCCAUGAAAGAAACCUCAGUGUCUCAUUCAAUUUAGUUUCCUUGCCUCAGAAUCAGACUGUAGUUUACCCAUUUUAAGUAGAGGAGUGCUUUUUCUCCUCUUCCAGAGUUUCCCUUACGAAUAGAUUUCAGGCCUCCAGAGUCUUCCAACCCUCACAUUCAGGAAUAAUUUCAUGAUAUGUAUUUUCAUGCUUCAUAAUGUUCGUUCUUUUUCCUAUCCGAUUUUGUCUACAGGUUAAUGAUUUAAGAUGUAUUUUAUUUAUUUUUAUCCAUUACUUUUCCCACAUAAGUAUUUAUGUUAGGAUCAGAAGAUCUCAGAGAGACAAAUUCAGCCAAAAAUAGUUUAAAAGCAUAUUUUGGCAUCUGCAUUGCUUUGCACAUCUAAAUUUUCACUUAAUAUAAAUAUAAUAAAGUAAAUAAUAAAGUAAAAUGGUUUUAGAGUGAACAAAUGGA